AUGCCAGUUGAAAUGGAGCGAAAUUCUCGAGAUGAACGUGAUUCAUUGAAAAGUCGUUAUCGUGACAAUGGUAGCAGUUUUAAUCGAAAUGGCCCCCCACAAACGCGGGGUAGUUAUCGUGGUCGACUUCCCUAUUCAUCUUCUCAUGGAAGUCAUGGAGGUAGACCGAUGCCACUACCCACACAAUCUCAAUCUUCUUCCCGCGGUGGUGAUCCACGGAUAUCACGUGGGGGGGGUUCAAGGAUGUCAUCUGGUUAUCGUCCAAUGAGUUCGCGUGGCAACAAUUCCGGUUAUAAUAAUAACAGUUUUACAUCUCAAGGACGACAAUCUUCACAUAUACGUGGUGGAGAUCCAAGAGAUUCAUCAUCAUCCUAUUAUGAUUCACGUCCACCACCAUCUCGUUAUGAUAGUCGUCCGACAGCACAUAGUCGAACUGAUUUAUAUCAUGCAGCACAACAAUCGUUACCGCCAACAUCUUUACCACCAUCAAUCCCAUCUAAUCUAAUGUCCAUGACUCGUGAACGCUCGGGACCGUCAUCCUAUAGUAUGAGAGAGCCAAUGGAAGCAAAAUACCCAUCAUAUAGUAGCCGACGAAACGAUGCUUCAGAAUUGUAUUCUCGUAACGAUCCGUACUUCUCCACAUCGUCAAGAGGAGACAUUCCAAUGCGAAGUAAUAAUGAUCCAUAUUUACGUGAUCUUUCAUUAUCGUCAUCGUCAAUUGCAAGAGACCCAUAUGUAAAUUCACGUGAACAAUAUCGAAAUGAUUUAUAUGAUGCACCUCCGUCACGAAAUACUCAUUCAAUGUACGCUGGUUCACGUGGUCACGAAUAUCAUCCAUCACAACAAUCGGGAAGAGAACUUUAUCCACAAUCAUCAUCGUCAUACGGAAUGUCUAGUCGCGAUAUGCGCACUAAUGAUCCAAGAGAAAGAGACAUGGGCUAUCGCAUGCCGCCACGUGGUGAUAUAUUACCAAAUCGUUCAAUAGAAUCUAUGUCAACAUCUGGUAGAUCGAAUGAUUAUCGUCCAACAAGUGGAGGAGGACCAGUGUCAACAACACGUGGUACUAAUGAGCGGCAAAGUUUGAAACGUCCAGCACCCCGAGACGAUAGGCCACCAAUCGGUCAACCAUCAUCAAAACGUCCGUUAAGACGGUGA